CCAUGAUGACAGUAAUAAACCCAAAACAGAACGUUGCAGUAGUUUAAUACCUGACCUGAAGCCUGAGUAUAUGUGAGAGCUGGAUGGGACGACAUUGAUCAUGUUCUGUAGUUCCUUCAGUUGAUAGUGAGCAGCAGUGUGCCUCACACCGGCAUGCAGAGCGAGGAGAUACUUCGUCCCUCCCUGGUCUAACCCAGCGUCAUCCAGCUCCCAGACCUGGCAGUGUGUUCCUUGCAUCGGCAGUAACAGCAGUUGAUGAGAGGAAGGUUACCGUAGACAAGCAGCCCUACACUGAGGCAGGCUGGACCAUGUGUCCAUCUCCUACUGCCAUGCUAACAGCAGCAAUGCAGACAUUGCCUGUAUAAUUAUAUGCGCAAAUUUCUGUCAAUUACCGUGGUAACGGUAUUGGAGGCUGUGAUAUAUGCUUGUGUUAGAGUACUGAGUAAAGUGGCUGUUCGACACCAGUGGGAGCAGCUCACCUGUCUCUGUCACAGCUGCCAUGGACCUUCAAAUGGGUAAUGGUGAAAUUUGUAUUUUCAGCUAACACCAUUGCCGCAGGACUUACAACCGGCUGGGAGUACUGUUUGAGCUGAGUGAUUCUACACGGCUUCUGCCUGCUUCUAGAAGCAGCCUCUGUGGCAGUGUUGUAAGGAUUAUAAUCAGUAAAGGUGUGGAUGCAUAUCCUGUGGAUUACCUGUAUUCUCUCUGAAGGUGUUAACACUACUUCCUCGUCAGAUUGGGCAGGAUGAGACAUGCACAUCCUGCGAGAUGAGUUGAAUCAUGGGAAAUAAGCUUUGUGCACCCUUACUGAAACGGAGCUAUCGGAAUGACAACUACCCUUGGAAUCUCAGAAAGGACUCCCAUCUCCUCAGACUGUGGGCUGAUGUCUUCCGUGUGCAUGGAGAUGGCGAAUACAUGCGAUGGCAGCGUGUGUCCGAUGACGUCGUCCCAAUUAACAUCACCUGCAUCGAAGACAACCCGAAUACUAUCUUUCAGAUAACUGCCUACAAUCGGCAGGUGGAGAAGAUCUUCGAUGUCAAAAUUAUACAACCUGGAACCAUCAUCUGCCCUGCCACUGAGUGUUUUGUUCACUGGAAGGAUAGCUCGAGCCAGUGCGAAUGGGGCCUUAACUUCCAAACACCUACUGAUGCUUGUAGAUUCAAGGAUUGCUGCUCUUUUCCCACUCAGAGAUUUGCACGGAAAGCCUCCUCUGCCAGCUCUCUGCGACUUAGUCCGCCAAAGAGGAUCCGCAGUAAGGGUGCUUCAGCUUCAUCUCCGAGCUCCCCGGUCCACCAGCGCCAAAACCAACCCGAUGGCGCUUCGCCAUCAUGUGACUACCCUGAUGGGUCCGUGUCCCGAUGUAGCCCGGGGCGUCACCCCAUCCCCCACACAUGCCCCACCCCCGGGCGAGAGGUCCAUCAUAUGACGUCCUUCAAGCCUCCUGAUGACGUCAUGGACCGUAGCGGUUAUCGAUACUCCGCCAUGAUCAAACCACCAUCAGAGAAUUCUAUGUAUGACAAUGUUACGGGUUCUAGUCUGCAGAGGUCUUCCGCUGCUCAAGACAAUAGAUUAUUACACAGGAAGUCUCUGCCCACAUGCUCAUCUGCCACGUCCUCCCCAGUUCGAAGUUUGGACGAAGGACGUCCAGCUUCCGCCAUUUCUUCAAUCACUUUGGACACAUCGGGGAGUCCAUGCCAUUCCAAAGGUCAACAGAAGGUGGAAAAUUUUGGGAAUGGUGUUGUAAUUGUGGACCAUGUUAGUAUAGACUCGCCAAAACGAGACAACGUGCAUAUAGAGACAGCUUUUGUAGGUGAUGUAGGCAAUGGAGCUAGCCGUCCUACUAGUAGUAUGUCACAAGGAGCACGCUUGACAGUUGAUACAUCUGCACCAGGUGCAUCACGGAACACGUCUUCCUCGGAGUCUCCUGAAUGGCCUUCACCUCCUGAGCCCCUGACUCCCCAAACCCCAUUGACUCCAUUGUAUAACAUGGAGUUUGACAGUGACACUAUUCAACGCAUGCUUCGCUCGCUUCCUGCUUCUCCUGUCGAGAAGGAUGACCAGGGGUUCCAUGAUGACCCUAACUUUCAUGACGGUAACGACCACCAGGGUUCCAGAAGAAUGAGUGGACUCACCAGAACGAAAAGUCUCAAUGUACAUGAUCGCAAUUCCCGUCUUUCAAUGCGUACAAAACCCAUGCCCGAAGAGCCGAUACACAUCCCAGUUACCAAACUCCCGGAAGUACCAAAGUCGAAACAGCUGGCGAAGAUCCUGAUAGAGCAAGAGCUGCUUCUACGGAACCAAUGUGCCGCCAGCACCUACCCUGACAGUGGCAUUGGAGGCAUGGCUGGAGAAACAUCUGGGUCACUCAUGUCAGAAGACAGCGGGCGCUUGGCACAGUUCAAAGGUCCAGGGCAUAACCAUGACCUUCAUACAAGGUCGUCUGGCGGCAGCAGUGGUGGCAGUCGUAGCAGCACUCACAGUGACAUCAUCAACCAGCUCGGAGAGGUGGCAGAUGUACGACAGUAUCUCACAGUUGAUGUAUCUGAAGAUGACGGUGGAGAGAGUGACACCGGCAGUAUAAACACCAUGACAGAGUCAGAGUCACAGCUGUCUUACGGUAGACAGGUCGGAGCCAUCAGGAAAGCAGGAUGGCUUGUAGUAAAGAACUGGCUUGUCCACAAAAAGAAGAAGAUAGAACUGGCAGCGUGCCGGAACUGGAGACGGUACUGGAUGUGCCUGAAGGGAACUACCCUGUUGUUCUUCGAUUGUGACGAGGGCAGCACUGUCAACCAGAACAGCGUCCCGAGACAUAUACUAGUUAUUGAAGGAGGUAUUGCCCAGGCUGUACCCGAACACCCAAAACGAGACUUCAUCUUCUCUCUCAGCACUGCAUGCGGUGAUGCAUACCUUCUGCAGGCCUCCUCCCAAAAUGACCUUGAGAACUGGAUUCGAGCAAUCCACUCUGCCUGUGCUUCAUCCUAUGCUCGGCAACAUGGGAAGGACAAUACUCUGAAGCUAUUGAAGAGCGAACUCCUCAAGCUGGACUCCAAUGUAGAUAUUGAUGUGAAAAUGAAGAAAAUGGCAGAGCUUCAGAUGACUGUGGUGUCUGACCCAAGGAGCCGGGUCGCCAUCGCGAAGCAGAUUGCCCAGUGGGAGGAGAACCUCGAGAAGCUAUACAUCGAGCAGUACCGUCUUCGCUGCUAUGUGGCAUCCUUGCAGGGGACAGAACUCCCAAACCCCAAGGUACUCCUUGCCAAUGCUUCGAAGGCCACAAAGACCACUCUGGGCCGUCUGGGGAUCUUCACUGUCACAUCGUUCCAUGCUCUGGUCUGUGCCAGGAAACCUCUGAUACUGCCAAACAUCUAUGGAAAGGGGGCCCAGAAGGGAGGCAUGUUGUCGCCCAAAUCUGACACGCUUCAAAAACCAAGGUCAAGGACACCCACAGCUCUGAUGGGCGCUGGCGUCAGCACAGAGGCUGUGUUCAAAACGGGUAACAGCGAGCGACUUCUGUCAGAUUCCAUGGACAACCUGACGGAGAAGUCACUCUGUGACAGCAGCCAGGGCACCGAGAGUCUCUCCAGGGUCAUGUUGCCUAACAACCAGACAAUGCUGGUUGGCAUCGACAAGAGGACGACGGUGAGGGAUCUCCUGGAGUCAACCUGUAACAAGCGGCAACUCAACCCGCGCGACCAUUACGUCCGCAUUAAGCCGCUGGGUGCUCCAGACAAUAAGUUUCUUAUUCCAGACAGACAUGCUUGUAUCAAGUCAUUGAGAUAUGAUGCUAUAGAGGUUUGUCAGAAGAGUAUAUUCCAACUGGAGUUGACGAAGCCCUCCAAGGAUGGUGUGUUCGGCUUUGCAGUGGAGGCGGAGCUUGUGGAAGACUUUGAUCGUGAUGAUGAACUACGAGUGUAUGUGUGUGAUGUCACAGGUGGCUGUGUGGCAGAGAAGAGGGGACUCAUAAUUGGAGAUGAGCUUCUGGUGAUCAACGGCAAGAUUGUGUCGGAGCUAGAUAUGGUGUAUAUAGAGAUGUUGCUUCAUGAAUCCAGGACUCUGUUUCUGACGGUGCGCUCUCUUCGGACGAAGCCACCACAAAGUGACUUUAUAACGGAGCAUGCAAACACGUACAUAGACAACAUGGUCAUUCCUCCUCCGCCGAGCCAGCCAAGGAUCACCGACAAAGUCAUUGGAAAUCUUAUAGUCCCAGCACCUGCAAGAUCACAGAAUGCCAAUGGAAAGCUGAGUAGUGGUAAGGCCCACGAAGGCACCGACCAGAUUGAUGCUUUGUUAAGGGGAGCGGAACAAGUGACCGCCAUCUGCCGCAACUCGGAAUCCUCCCUGAGGUCACACUCACCGGACAGCUCUGGGUCAGCUCGACCUAUGAGUGAUGCUCAACGGAUGAGGAAGGUCAUCAUGGAGCUGAUUGAGACGGAACGGGCGUAUGUCAAGGACUUGAACUGCCUCACAGAGCGCUACCUCGAACCUCUGAAGGAAGAGACGUUCCUGACCUCAGACGAGAUCGACCAGUUGUUUGGGAACAUUCAGGAGAUUGUGCUGUUCCAGGGUCAGUUCCUGCACAGUCUGGAGGAAGCCAUCGACCAGGAGAAGGACUUCUUCAACACCAGCGACUCGGCUCAGUUCAAGGAUACCUGUUUGGCUCGUGUGUUAUUUUCCCUCGGUGGAUCGUUCCUGUACUAUGCCAAUCACUUCAAGGUGUAUAGCUCAUUUUGUGCCAGUCAUUCGCGAUCUCAGAAAAUAUUCAACUUGGAUGCCAAUGAAGCCCUGAAGAACUUCCUGCGAGCACGCAACCCCAAACAGCAGCAUUCAGCCACUCUGGAGUCCUACCUGAUCAAGCCCAUCCAGCGCAUCCUCAAAUACCCCCUGCUGCUGCAGCAACUCUGUCACCUCACCCUGCCAGACACUGAUGAACAUCACCACCUGUCAGAGGCUCUGCGAGGGAUGGAAGCAGUAGCAGAACACAUCAAUGAAAUGCAGAAGAUCUACGAGGAAUAUGGCUCCGUGUUUGACGACUUGUCUAAGACCUUCAAGGAAGUUCACCCGUCGAAGAAGGUGGUGGACCUGAGUGUGGGAGAGCUGCAGAUGUACGGCAUGGUGGAGUGGUGCAACAUGACUGACUAUCUGGGCAAGACAAAGAAAGCAUCAGACUUUGAGAACACUGUGUUCGUCUUCCGGACUGGAGUUGUGUUCCUUUGCCGAGAGAGGCUCAAGAGGAGGAAGACAAGGUCCCUCCCUCCCAAGAUGUCCCUUCUGGAGCACCAUCAUCAGAUGGACAUGCUGGAGCGCUUCCGCACUCUCAUCCCCACGCAGGAAGUGCAAGUGCGUGUUGGGAAGGUCAGCGACAUAGACCGACACUAUUGGUGGGAUCUCAUCCAUUCCAGGUCCGACUCUGAGGGACGACCGGAGAGACUUUACCAGUUCUGCAACAGUACAUCUGAGGCCAAGUCUGACUUCAUGAAGGUGAUCAGACAAACGAUACGGGAGAGUGUCCGCAGCAUGACGGUGCCAACCAAGCCAGCCCAGCUCAAACCACGCAGUUUGAGCCCAUGCUCUGCCGAAAAACUUGACCCGCUUCCCUUGUUGAACAAAAAAAGAGGUCAGGAUCCUGAAAGACACUCUAUGGAUUUUGACGAAAAAAUUAGUGCACUAGAAUAUGAAGCAGCUUUCAGAAUACGCAGCAAGACUAUAGGCGAUAUAAAUCAAGCGAGUUUGGACGACAAUGCUGCUUAUACUACUGUUUCUGAGCCACAGAUAGCUCAAAACAAGAGUCCAACAUCCUCAAACUCUAAUCUAAGUAGUUCUAGUCAGAGCGGGUCUGCUAAGUUGCUGUAUGCCAGCGCCAAUCCCCUGAACUAUUCAUCAGGCUCUGUUAAUUCUAUUGGGUCACCAGUGUGGAAGCCUCGGUCAGAAAGUAGGCAGGGCACACAGAGCCCACAGAACCAGAGUCCAAAACGGCCGGGCAUAUCGCAAGAUGACACUACAUCAAGAACUAGUGCCAUCAGUGAUGCUAGCAACUCACCAAAGCGUAAUAAUACAAGCAGUGAUUCGCCUAAGCGUAGAGAUCAAAAGACUGUGGUGUUUGCAGCACCGUAUGGAGUACAGCCAUUUAAAGAUACUGAAUGUUAGCAGUAGAUGUAGGUAGGAAUACCCAAGGUAAAAUGGCCACCAUUUGACUGGUGGCAGACAGCCUGCUGAAGGACAAAUUGCUGACGAUUUGCUUACCGUUUCAGAUGAGAGGUGUGAGCAGAUAUGCGAGGCAGAGCCCGCCCUCUCUGCUGAGCAGGGGGCGACGGGCUCUAGCCCGCCGGGUGAGAUAAUAACCUACCUCUGAUGGUUGUGGGGCUUGGUUAGUUGAGCAUGUGGUUUACGGUUGUGAGGUGGGCACUCCCUGGACCAGGGAGGAUGGCUCCUAUGGACAGCUUAUAGAGGUUUUAAGAGGGAAAAAUGGUGAUGUUAGGGCAGUGUGUGCCUUGGAGGAUGAUUAGAAGCAUUUCAGAGUAUAAAAACAAGGUGCCCCUCAUCAGUGUGUGCUAAAUGCUUGAUGGCUUGGAGGGCGUACCUGAGGGGUAUGUAUAACUCCUGGAGGUGUGACUGGAUACAUCAUUCAGCAAUGUUGUCUCCAGUCAGUGCUGUGGUGGACAAUGCAUUUAUUAGGUUAUAAAUGUUAUAUUAUCCCAGAUGUGUCAUUAUCCCUGUUAUUCCAUUCUGCUGGCCAGAUAGUGACAGUUUGUAAAGGAUAAUGAAUGUUCUUUCAAUGACUGACUGUACAGAACUAUAUACAGACUGUAAUAUAUCACAUCUGUUCCUAUUGCUGUUCCGAGUGUACAGUGUAUCUAUCAGAAUUGCUGUACAGUUAUAUUCUUCCUGUACACCCUGUACAGUCGAUGUAUUAGCACACCGCAUUGUAAAAUAACCACAUAUACCCUCCACAAGAUUAUUACCUUUCACAUAUCUCAAGUGAAAAUGAGUUUCUCAAGUUUUUGUUAGAAUCUAGAUUUUCUUAGAUUUCUAUCUGGUCUCUUGACUUUGGGUGCAUGCUUCAUGAUAACUGCAUUUCGUUACCAGGUCAGGACUUUAUCACGUGACAAGAUCAUGUGACCACAUCAUGUGACUAGAUCAUGUGACUUGAUCACUGUGCAUGCUUUACAGUAGGUGUAAGAGGUAGCUGUUUACACUUACCACCAGAUGGCGCUCUCCCUUGAUCUGUGUCUGUUUACCUGACAAUGGUUGAUAGAGGUAGAAUUGUUUCUCCAUAUAUAUUUGACAUACACAUCAGGAUAACCUGCUGAUUAUUUUGAUGCUGAUAGUGUUGCAUGUGAUUUUAAAUGGUUACUUAUUGUAAUUGUGUUUUGUGAAGUAAUAGUUGCAGGAGAAUAGUUUCUUUGAAUAAUUUGAAAUAUGUUGCAGCUUGGAAUUUGUUUGUGAAAGCAUUUUGUUCAUAAUGUUUGUUGACAUUACUGAAAUGCUUUAAGAUAUAUAAAACUUUUAUAAAAUAUCAAACAAAGAUAUAAAAUAUCACACAUAGUUUAAAUAUAACAGUUAUCAGUCAAAAUAUGAAGUUUCUCUGUCCUAAUUGAGAUCCAAAUAUUUCAUCAGAUCCAUUCUGUUUUCCUGUGAAAUGAAAUUGAAAUUGUGUGAUUAAGAAAUCCAUAUUGCUUACUCUACCAGUGAUGUCAAAUUGAUCAUACAUUGUCCAUGCAUUUCUGUUCAAUGAUAUGCAACUGUGUUUUUUAAGAGAUUUUAUGUAGUGCUAUUGAGACCAGUCGCAUAUGCCUGUACAAGUAUUUCACCAGAUACCAGCAUUGUGAGCACUUCGUCUAGUCAAUCAUUAGUUUUACCUUCUGUAUGAGAACAAACUGCUGACCUAAGCAUGUUUUAUGUAGUGUUUUGGGCUAGAAGGCCAAGGGAUGUGCAAUAUGUUCUCAGUCAUAUGUUUUAUUUAUUGUAACUUGUAGUUGAGAAUAGUUCAAGGGGCCAAAUAUAUCAACCAAUCACAAGCAUGUAUAUAUUCACUGUAACAUAACCAUAUGUACAUUCUGUUACACAGCCACUGAUUGGAUGGUUAAGCCAGAGCUGAUGUUAGAGUAGCUUUCAAUGGCUUAAACCUGAUACUCACGUUUGUGAAAUAAGAUUUGUUAUUAUGAACACACAUACUAGAUUUAAUCUUCUUCCAUGUCCUUCCUGUCCACCUGUGUUGCUGAAUCGUCACCUUCUGACACUAAUGUGUUGUAGUUUAUAGGUGUUGUACAAGAUAUGAUUUCAGACAAUGGAGAUCAAAUCAUACUUGUUGUUUAUUAAUUAAGAGUUUAUCAUUGUCAAGUGUCAUCAGUAUUUACACCUGUUUCAUAUCCAUUACCUUUCAAGAGUCUAUGAUUCAAUAUUUCUAUUCUCAUCAAAGCAAUCAUGAAGGUGGCGUUAGUUGGCAGCUGGAAUCCAUGCAGAGUGUUCAAGGUGAUGACAAUGUCAAGGUCACAUCGGACAAAAACUCUGCAAGUUUUAUGUAUAAUGCUAAUUCACAUGGGGCAUAUUUUGACAAGAUUCCAUUCAACAAUUUAAGUUAUAUGAUCACGAAUGAAGGGAGAAAUGCCUUGGGUAUUAACACUGAAAAAUUCAGCCAUAUGUUUAUUUUCAAACUUAAAUAUUUCAGAAUAAAGAUUACAUUAUUUGUAUUUUGGAAAUAUUACCUUUUCAUAAUUUACAGAUCAGCUGUUUGACAGAGUGUAUGUUUAUCAAUAGGUUUAUUACUUGUUUUGGGAGGACUAAGAACAUAGUGUCAACAGUUAUGGUGAAAGGAUGUCAUUAUUCUGAUGCAAUUACUUUUGCGUUUCGUUUUUCGUAACUCUUGCCACCAUCAUAUCAAUGGAAUAUUUGUGAGCGUGGUGUUGCACAGCACACCUUCAGCCUCCAGCUUCAUUCAGUAUGGUCGUAUUGGAUGGGGAAAAUCUUCCGUUACAUACGGGAAAGUAUAAUAAUUAUAAUUUGUUAUAAAUGCCAAUGCAGUCAUGGAAUUCUAUCUUUAACCCCUUACAAAACUCUGAUACUGUGUCAUCUUCAGUUGAACAUUGGUACCAUUGCACAGCCAGGUGGUUCAAUGUGUUGCUGGUCAGAUUUGAUUCUUCACAUUUGGGUGUCUGCUGUUGUCAUAAUAGCUGCCUGUGCAAUGGGACUCUCCGUUUACAACUUGCCUUACUACACAGGAAAACUUCAGCACUAUGCUAAGUAGACUGCCUGUUGACUGAGUUGUCUGCCGUUUUGACACAUUCAAACUGAAUAAAUAACAUCGUGCAUCAUGGAUUAGUAUGCCUUAGGAAAGUAGAAUUGAACCAGAUUGGCACAUUAUGGCAUGGGGUUAUUGAUCUAGUUUUCAAGAUUCUCUCCUUAUUGCUGCCAGAUCUUUUUCCACUCAUGGCUCUAUUUUGGGCUUUAUUUAAUGCUGUCGCUGAUGUUAUGUCUUCUGCAUUUCAAGUUAACACCAGUGAAGCAUUCUUUUGUUGACAUGCUUUCUUUGUUGACGUCAUGAUAUGAUGAGCGUUAUGUAAAUUAUAAACUGAUUCAACAUUAUAUAUUUAGAGUUCAUGUGUUUUGUGUGUUAAAUGUUUUUUUUCAUGCAAUUUAGUCCAAAUGGUAACAUUAUUCUAAAAUGCUAUGAAUGUCAUGAUUUCCCUGGUCAACAAACAAGUAAUACUUUCAUGCAAACUGUUUUCACUUUUCCAAAACCACUAUUAUUGUUCUGUAAUGUUUGAAUUAGUUGUAUGGUAGCUAGCAUCUGUGAUCGCGCCAUGCACUGUCCACAUAUCAUGUGAUAACUCUCCUGACUUGGAGGCUCAGGUUCUACCUCUUCUGUCUUGAGUUGUCUCCCCUUAGGUUGCAGGAAACCAUUGAUAUCUUCAAUGAUGCACGUCUGUUGCCAUUAAUUGACCAUGCUAACUGUAACGGUUUAUUCAAUCUGUUUUUCGUAAUCAAAAUUGUAGGUUAUUAGAUGUUAUUGUUUCACAUUCAUGUACCAUAUUUAACACACAAAAAUAAGAAUGCAAUUUUCUUGUGUCUACACUUCACAUGUUCAUUGAAGAGUAUGAGAAUUUGUUAUGGAAGUCAAACACAGGUCAGGUUUGUUAAGCUGACCUACAAGUUGUAUGUGGGAUCGAGCACAGACUAAUGUCUUUUGUCUGGUGAUCUCGGGAUGUGUGACUUCUACAUAACUAGCUGCAUCAUCACUUAGUCUCUCAGUGGUGACGUCAUCACCAGGACUCAGUGGGUUGACUUCACCACCUGUUUCUACACCCCAUGCAAGAAACAUGAACUCAUUGUCAUCAGUAUAUCAUUACUCAUGCUGUUCUCCACUUGCGUUUUACAGUCCAGAUUUCACAGGGUACGGAUUAUCCAGGUUGUGGCAGACAUUCAGUCCACACUCGUGACUAUAGGAACAUUCAGACAAAUGGCAGAUGGAUGAACUGCAGUCAAUCAAAACUUUUCACAUGAAGUAGCCAGGCUACAAGCGAAUCAUAGAAUCUUGUGUGCCUCUACAUUGUAUCUUGUGCUGUUUUCCCUGAUAAUCGAUGCAUUAUGAUAGAUAAUCUGGACCUAUGUUCCACCACAGCUAAUUAUAGUCGUCCAAUCCAAUUACUCCCAUGCGCAACAGAAAUUCUGUGUGAAGUGACUGAUCAGAGCGGUUAUUUGGGGACGUCACAGUUUCAUGAUGAAUGAACCAAGUGAUUUAUGGUCGGGUUUAGACCAAUUUUGUUGUACAUCUCUACGGUUUUAACGUUGGUUAUGUGUCCAAUAGAACAUGACCGUACUUAAGCCUGAAAGGUUGAGUGUCAGGACCUAAUGCUUCCCGACUUGCAUAACCUGUGCCCAACUCGUGUUACUCUGGAAUAAUUAUUUUGUAGGCUUUAUGAAACCACAAUUGUUGAUCGGAUCAAGGAGAAUAAAACACAGAGAUCUGAA